UGCUGCUAUAAGGAGGCCUGGCCCGCGGCCGGGGACUGGCAGAGCACGCCACGCCCGUGCCAUGCUCAACGCUCAGGAGCGCGCCCACGUCGCGCAGGUCUGGGACCUGAUCGCAGGGCAUGAGGCGCACUUCGGGGCGGAGCUACUGCUCAGGCUCUUCACUGUGUACCCCAGCACCAAGAUCUACUUCAAGCACCUGGGCGCCUGCCCUGACGAGGUGCUCCUGCUGAGCCACGGACAGCGCAUGCUGGAGGCAGUGGGCGUUGCCGUGCAGCACGUGGACAACCUGCGCGCGGCCCUGAGCCCGCUCGCGGACCUGCACGCUCACGUGCUACGCGUGGACCCUGCCAACUUCCCACUGCUGAUCCAGUGUUUCCAAGUGGUGCUGGCCUCCCACCUCCAGGACGAGUUCACGGUGGAGAUGCAGGCGGCGUGGGACAAGUUCCUGACGGGCGUGGCCAUAGUGCUCACCGAGAAGUACCGCUGAGUCCCGUGCCCACCUGUCAAUAAACAGGCCUCAAA